GAGACAUACUGUGCUUUGGCGCUGAAGGCGGGGGAAACGCACCGACAUUUUUGGGAGAAUUCUAUGAAUCAUGACGGCAAAGCUUGGUCAUUUAAGUCCUACAUCCCGAACAGGAUUGUUGGACGAGUUUGAAUGGGAAGCCCAGAGUGUUAUAUUAUCGGUUUGGUUGAGGUGGGAAUUCUCAGGAACUGGUCAAACGGUCCACGGUCAUGUGUUGUACGGUCAUUCAACGGGGACUACUCGAAGGACCAACAGAAUGUGGAAAUGUAUUGUGCUGAUAUCUUGAAGUGAAUUUGAUGGCAUUAUGGAGGGCAAAUCCACAUCUAAUCAUAAGUGCUUCCAAUGGGAUAGGAAUCAGUUUCAAAAGGGAUUGAUGGUGAUUGCAAUCUUAGUAGUCUUUGUCAGAGGGUCUUCCAGCGCAACUUUGAAGAAAGAGGAAACUCAACCUCUCAUUUUGAACCCUUGUCCAUCUGAACCCGGCUGGUUUCAAUGCACAAACUCAUCGACAUGCAUCUCUCCCAGUCAGCAAUGCGAUGGGCAAAGAGAUUGCAUUGAAGAUGGCGCUGACGAGACCAAAGAAUUGUGUGCGAAUCGAUUUUGCGAGACUGGAGUCCGUUGUGAACGUGAUGAUAUUUGCAUUCGAGUGCCUCAUCGACAUGUCUGUAAUGAACAUCGCUCGCUUUGCCCGGAUGGGUCUGACGUUCGACACUGUAUGCACAAGAUUUAUACCGGUUGCCUGAUCUGGGACCGGCAACGAGGCCUUUCCCUGUCAAGUUGCACCGAGUGUUUCUGUCAAAUGAAGACAAAUGAAACCACGCCUUCGGGUGGAGCCAAGGACACGAAUUUGAAGGAAGGCGUGUUCGUCUACAAGAGUAUUAGCCCGAGUCAUCGGGGGAGUCAUGUGAGGGCCUUGGUGUGUCUGGCCCGAACCUCGCCACAAAUUUGUGAUGGAGUUCCUGAUUGCAUUCAGGGACUGGAUGAGAGUCCAGAUAUUUGUGGGGGCAAUUCUCUGCGACCCCACAUGAAUGGAGAAUUACACUCUCGAGAAGGGAAGAAUAUUCAGAUCUUGUCUUCGUCAUCUUCAUUGGCAGCUCAAGCUAGUCCUGUCCCAAAUUCCCCGCCUAGGAAUGAAUCACAUCCGUCGCUGACCACGGCGAUUCUAUCUCCUUUCAAAAGGAAUAUUUGGUACUUUCUUCUGGCCUUUAUGUUCAUGGGCAGUCUUUUGAUCUACAUAAUUGUGGGCAUCACAGUUCGUGCUUGCCGCGGGCGAGGUGGACAAAGAGAAAAGACAAGCUUCAAUAAAAGGGCGACCAAAAAUGUCAGACCACAGGAUGAUGAUACCUUGAUAAGCGAGACGGCAUCCAGUGUUAUGGGAGUUCUCGAACACAGUGUUCCCUUAGAUGACCAAGAAUCUGUAUUCGACAAUAAAGACGAGACCACUUCGUCAGACACAAUUGGCAGACCGGCCAAUCCCAAUUGGACUUGGAAUGGGGCUCGAUUAAUUCGUGAGAUUGGCCGCGGAUUUUACGGUCAAGUGUAUUUAGCUGAGGAGCUAUCCGGUCGGUUGGUGGCCGUCAAAACAGUGGAGAAGCAACGACAUCCCAUUUUUGUUGAUGGCGUGUUUCGAAAUGAAAUUGAGACCUUGCAAAAAUUAGGACGGCACCUGAAUCUAAUCAAGUUGGUUGGUUUCAACCAUAGCAAGGAGAUUCUAGUCUUCGAAUAUUGUCAGAAUGGUAGUCUGAAGUCUUUUGUCCGUCAAAAUAAGAACUACUUCAUGGAUGAGCUAGAUCCGCUGACACGAGAGCUGCCCGAAGUGCUACAAUUGAGUCGUACUCCCAGUGUGGGCGAGAAUCUCCCCAUGUCGGAUUUCCUCAUCUCUCUACACACCAAGUUGGAGCCAGAUUCCGCAUGCAUGGCUCAAGAAAAUCGGCACUUGUUCAACACCAGGCGUCUUUUCCGGUGGACACGUCAGAUUGCCAAAGCCAUGGAUUACCUAUCUCAAAAAAGAAUCGCUCAUGGUGAUCUGGCUUUGAGAAAUAUCCUACUCACCUACUCGGAUAUAGUCAAGCUGUCAGAUUUCGGACUGGCCAGAGACCUUCGUCAGCCUUUUUGGAUCCAAACGGACAUGGGGAAGAAGCCCCAACCCUUGGCUUGGAUGUCACCAGAGAGAUUGGCUGAUCCGAACAUGGUCUCUGUCUCUGGCGACGUAUGGUCCUUUGGAGUGGUACUCUGGGAGCUUUUCACCCUUGGGUCAGAUCCAAAUGAAGAUCCUAUUUACAGAGAUACUGAACCUCAUGAGGUACUGCCUAAAUUGAGAGCUGGUCUCCAGCUUCCUGUCGCUCAUUUCAUACCGGAUUCAUGGGAUCAGCUGGCUCGACAGUGUUGCAGUUUUGACCAAGAUCAAAGGCCAGACUUCUCAAGCAUUCUCUCAAAUGUUUCACAAGCCAUGGUGAGAAGAAGAAGAAGUGCCACGUGUCCUCCUCCUCCUCCUCUUACAACAUCUUCGUACUCCACAAAUUCUCUUCCAUUGCGUCCCAGGAACGAUUCUGGCUUUGGAUCCCGUUCCGCAAGACCUUACAGCGUGUGUAGUACAGUGAGUACCAGAUUGGACUCCUUGACCUCGACUGAGCCCAAUUCGAUAGGCUCCUACGGAUAUGUUCCGAUGACUUCCAUUUAUAACCCAGACCAAUCCCGUGCAUCCUCUAAAGCAAGAAAUAAGACUCCAGCCGAGAUGCAGCUCGAUAAUGAUCAAAGUUCUUCCACCAUUUGUUAUUGGAAAGGAUACAAGAUUAUUCGAGCGAAUCCCUCCGCCUCCAAAAGGGAAGAAUAUAAUCUGUAAAAAGGGCUACUGUCUUUGCUCAAGAAAUCAAGAAGUGAAUACCCCAUCUUGUAUUGUACUUGUUAGAAAAUGAUAGGUUAGAAAUAAAAGAAAACCAAACCAAGCACUAUGUGCAAACAAUUCGAACCCAAGACAAUCUCAACAGAAAUAGACCAUAAA